UGGAAUAACGCGGUUGAAAAAUUUCUGCUGAGGAAGUCGCGUUUUUUUUCGAGACCGGCUACAGGAAUUUGUUUAUUUUGAGGUAAUUAUGCCGCCUAAGAAGAAUGCUGGAGGUGCAAAAGGUGGAAAAUCCAAGGGCGGAGAUCAGGCUGAGGGAAAGGGUGAGGGAAAAGCUGAGAAAAAGGGAGGAACAGCUGUCAAGGUGAGGCAUAUCCUUUGUGAAAAGCAGUCCAAGAUUCUGGAGGCCAUGGAGAAGCUCAAGGCUGGACAGAAGUUCAAUGAAGUUGCAGCUAGUUAUAGUGAAGACAAGGCACGUUCUGGAGGAGAUCUAGGGUGGCAGACCCGCGGAGCUAUGGUGGGACCUUUCCAGGAUGCUGCGUUUGCUCUACCCAUCUCCAACCUGGGGAAUCCAAUCUACACCGAUCCUCCGGUAAAAACGAAAUUUGGAUAUCACAUUAUUAUGGUAGAAGGUAAAAAGUAAUCGCUAUAGGUACAAUAUUUUGUAAAUACUUUUUUAUUAUCGUCAUACACAAAUAAAAUUUAUCAAAUAAUUGGCGAAACAA